AUGGUAAAUUUGCGCGGAUCACUGGUUAUAUCUCAAAUAGUUGUUAAGCGAAUGAUUGCUCACAAAAUUCACGGUGUUAUUGUCAACGUGUCUUCCCAAGCGUCACUCAAACCUUUCGAGUCGCACACCUGCUACUGCGCUUCCAAAGCAGCUCUGGACAUGGCUACUAAAGUUAUGGCAACAGAAUUAGGAAAUCAUUCUAUAAGGAUUAAUUGCGUGAACCCAACUGUUGUCUUGACUGAUAUGGGCAAAAGAGCUUGGAGUGACCCAGAAAAGUCUAAAUGUGUCCUAAGCAGAACCCCGCUUAAAAGAGUUGCAGAGGUGGACGACGUAGUUAAUGCCGUGCUCUUUCUCCUCAGUGAAAAAUCCUCUAUGACGACAGGCUCCAUUCUUCCUGUUGAUGGAGGCUAUAUCAGUGCAUGA